CCCCAACUUUCCAACAGCCACACCCAACAAAUCCACGCACGCCGCCCCGUACCCCGCUCCACUGUACUCCCACACUCCCACUCUCCCACUAACCCCCAGCUCCAGCCGAGCCAGCUCCCCUCGCAGCCACGCCGGCAAUGGCGCCCCCUUGCUCCCUCCCAGCCACGCCGGCAAUGGCGCCCCCUUGCUCCCUCCCAGCCGUCCUCCUCGUCGCCCUCGCGGCGAUGUCCCUGUCCAUGUCCCCCACCCCGGCCGCGGCGGCGCGGUUCGCGUGCAACGCCACGGCGCCGCGGGCAUCCACCUGCCAGGCCCUCGUCUCCUACUCCCCGCCCAACGCCACCACCCUGGCGGCCGUCCGCGCGCUCUUCCAGCUCCGCUCGCACCGGGCGCUGCUCGCCUCCAACGCCCUCCCGCUCUCCACCCCGCCCACCGCCCCGGCCCCGUCCCCGGUGCGCGUCCGCCUGCCCUGCCUCUGCUCCGGCGGGGCCGGCGCCACCUUCCAGCGGCCCACGUACAAGGUCCGCGCCGGCGACACGCUCGACGCCGUCGCCCGCGGCGCCUUCGCGGGGCUCGUCACGUACCGCGACAUCGCCGCCGCCAACAACGUGUCCGACCCCAACCGGGUCGCCGUCGGCCAGGAGCUCUGGGUGCCGCUGCCCUGCAGCUGCGACCCCGUCGGAGGGGAGGCCGUCGUGCACCUCACCUACGUCGCGCCUGCCGGGAGCUCCGUCGCCGGGAUUGCGGAGGAGUAUGGCACCACGGAGGAGACGAUUCUGGCGCUCAACCGCAUGCCCGACGCCAAGAGCCUCCUCGCCGGCCAGGUCCUCGACGUGCCGCUCCGAGCUUGCUCUUCUGCCAUUAGCAGCACGGCCAUCGACCGCAACCUCCGCGUCCCAAACGCAAGCUACAUCCUCACGGCCAACAACUGCAUCAUGUGCGGCUGCAGCUCCACCACUUGGCAGCUGGACUGCCAGCCGACGCAAGGGUUGACAUCCAACUGCCCGGCGGCGAAGUGCGGAGACCUGUUCCUGGGGAACACGUCGACGUCGGCGACCUCUACCUGCGAGAGCACGACGUGCUCCUAUGCCGGCUACACCAAUGGCACCUCGUUCUCCAUCCUCUCCAAUCUCACCGCCAGCUCCGUGUGCAACGCUGCUGGGAUAUCACCCGCCGCACAGCCGUCACACUCCUCGGCGUCCAGAUUGGGGUCGCCGGCGCGGUGGUGGGAGCUGAUCGCCGGGUUCCAUGUCGCUCUACUGUGCCUCGGGUUUCUGCGCCGUGAUUGAGUAGCAACUCAGAUUCUUGUCGCUGGACGUGUAGAUCGUAAUUCUGCAAUGUGAGUAAUUUGGGACGCGCUGCAUGUGUGGCAUCGGUUUGCAGCUGGUCGGAUGUGUUAGAAGGCAGACGUGAGGGGGAACACUUGUUCUAUGUUAGAAGGUUAGAUCAGAUCGGGAUAGAUUUGUAGUGCCGAGCAGCAUUUCCAGCGUUUCUGGUUUUAGCCUGGUAUAUUGUCACUGUCUUGCUAUAAAUGGAGACCCUCUUUGUUUUA